CGCAUACUGGUUACACAUAUUUGAGUAUGCAAGAUCCUUUCAAGUGAUUUUUUGUAAGAUAAUAAACAAUUGAAAACAUUUUUGUUAAAUUUUGAACGGCUUAUUAGUGACCGCAAAAAGAUAGUCUUUCGACUUUCUGUUUCCAUCUACGCAGGGAUUAAGAUCUUAUGUCCAAUGGGAUACUUCCCAUGCAGAGUUUCGAGAGUAAACGCAAAUCUGACAGUAUCCUUUUGAGUACAAAUUUCGAAGUGCUGACUCAUUCUUCUUGUUUCACACCAUUCCUUAGCAUAUUUUCAGUUACUUGGGUACUUUUCAAUAGGACCCACGAAUUGCCUGACUUUUCUCGUUGGAAUUGUGCUUAAAAAUUGGGACAAUCAUCUCCUAAAUAACAGCGGUGGAGUGAAAGAGCAAGAUCUUGAGUCAAGUCAGCUCUGUUUGUAGACGCACAACAUAGCAAGGAAAGCUCUGGAGGCAUCAAAACUUUUCCUAGAUUUCACUUCUACAGCUGAUAUCUUUUUUUCCUUUGAAAUUGAGACAUUUUCAACCUUUUUUUUCACACGACCUCUAGAUUAACUCAUACGGAACAUAAAGUCUUCGAUGCGCAAUCGAAAAACAACCUUCAAUCACCGGAAUUAUGCCAUUGCCAGUCGAUUCCCAGAGCAGUGAUGUUCAGAACAGACCUGUGGGGAACAUUAGGGGGAACGUUCCUCAAGAUCAACACAAGGAGCAGGCAGCCUCGGGAGAAGAUACGGAGAUAGUUAAUGGAAGUGACGAAGUUGAUUUCAAAUAUUUGAAAGGUCUUCGACUUCAUCUAGUAACUGCGGCUAUAUGCAUGACACUUUUCCUCACAAAUUUGGAGAUUCCUAUUGUGACUACUGCUCUUAUUUCAAUCACCAAUGAUUUGCAUCAUUUUGUUCAGGAUAAUUGGAUCAUAUCUGCGUACAUGCUGGGAUAUGUCAGUAUGCUUAUUAUCUGGGCCAAGUUAAGUGAUAUAUUUGGGAGAAAACCAUUUGCUGCCCUGGUGGUUCUCCUGUUUACAAUAUUCUCUGGACUGUGCGGAGCAUCUCAAACCAUGACACAGCUAAUUGUUUUCCGCGCACUUCAAGGUUUGGGUGGUGGUGGAAACUUCGCCAUUGGAACCAUCAUAUUGGUGGAACUUGUUCCCAAAGAAAUGUAUCCUAAAUAUACCGGCUUGGUUUCUGUUGUCUUUUCAUUCUCCUUACUACUCGGUCCGAUAUUUGGUGGAGCACUUGAUCAUUCACCGGACUGGAGAUGGAUCUUUCUUCUGAAAUCCAUCGGACUUUUACUUCCAUUUCUCCAAGUUACUGAGAAAAUUGUCUUCAGUGUGCCUCUAGGAUUCCUCGCAUUGGUUGCAUUUUUCUUCUGUCUUCCGGCAUCUUUCCCAUACCAGGGCCAAGAUAGCAGAUAUCAGAGGAUUAACCUUUUCUCGUCGAAAGAGUCUUUCGGUAAAAUCGAUUUCGUUGGUGCAACUCUCCUUAUCAUUGCUACGACGUUGUUAGUCGCAGCAUUACAGGAAGCUGGUGGAGAGUUUGCGUGGAACUCAGCAUUCGUGAUCACCUUACUGAUAAUCUCUGGAGUCACGUGGAUACUUUUUAUUUUAUGGGAAAGGAGAGUGACCUUGGGCAUGACUUUGACAGAGCCAGUUUUUCCUUGGAGACUCAUGAAAAGCCGAGUCUGGGUAGGAAUGACUCUCAACGCCUUAUUCCUUGGUGGCCCGUGGUUUGUUACAAUAUUUCAGCUACCCCAAAGAUUUCAAGUCGUGGAUGGUAUCUCUGCCCUGAACGCCGGUUUCAAACUUAUACCAUUUACAGUUCUGGCACCUGUAGGCUCGGUGAUCUCUGCUGUCUUAGCAGGUAAAGUGAAAAUUCCACCUAUAUACUUGGUUCUUAUAGCAUCUUGUAUACAAGUAAUAGGGUUUGCCCUUCUGUCCACCUUACCAACAGCAGCAACGGCUUCACCCGCUCAGUAUGGCUACCAGGUAAUUGCUGGCUUUGGUAUUGGCAUCAACAUUUCAACAUUAAUUCUUAUGACGCCUUAUUCUGUCGCCGAUCCACGAGACAACUCCGUCGCUUUAGGUUGUGUAACGCAAUUCCGCAUCAUGGGUGGAGCUCUUGGACUCGCAAUUGUUACUGCUGCCUACAAAGGAUACGUAACAUCGCGACUGAACGCGUUUCUUACUGUAGAAGAACAACUUUCGAUUUUUGAGUCUGCAAAAUACAUUCAAUCUUUAUCUCCUGAGAUACAAGGCAGGGUACGAGAGGUUCUCGCCGGUGGUUAUAAUCUACAAUUCAGGAUCUUGAUCGCUUUAGCCGCGGCACAGAUCCCUUCUUCAUUGCUUAUGUGGCAGAAAAAACAGAUUGUCGUAUGAUUGUUGGGUUUUCUGCCAAUGGCAUAUUCAUGGAAAUUAGAAUGCGGACGAAAUAGAGAUGGCAGAUGAAGCAAUGGCGAUGCGCAUCUUUGAAUUGACGGUUUUACCGCGGUAUGUAAUGAUUGUACAAAUGUUACUGAAUGUUUAAUGCUCUUUCCACAGUUCUCUUAACAAUCUUCACUAUCUCCGCGACGGCAGUCUUGUUCUCUGGCCCUGGAAUAUCAUGACCUCCUUCAUGUAUGAAUAUCUCUCUAAGAUUUAGUUUACACAAAUCUACCAAAACUAGGCCAAACGUAGGAUACAACUGAUCAUUACAGCCCCAAAUAUGUGCCGUGGGUAGAUCUAUAAUCUCUCCAUGUACAUCAGGCUGUAAGAUGACAAACUCCUCUCGCUCUAGUAAUGCAGUCGGAUCUAUCGGUAUACCACCGGAAAAGAAAAUUGCACAUUUCAAAUUGAAUUUCAUACAAUCUUGACGUUUACGGAGGAUUUGUUGAUGAAUGAUCAAUGUUGCGGCUACGGAGGCGCCGCUCGAGAAAGCAAUAAUACCAUCAUAUGGACCGAAUUCGGCAAUGUAGUCUUGAAGGUCACGGAGGGCUUUAGUGCAACUUGCUAUGGAAGAUUCGUCUGCAUAUUGGAAGGUUUGUGUGUCGGGUGCAACAAGGCCAGAUAAACCUGGAGCAAUGGGACAGGGAACAGAGCCUUCGAUAAAAUCAUAUGUAUGGUCUAGAGAAAGGGCGUGCCGGAUUGCGACUUCUGGAGUUCAAAGAUAUCACUGUUAGUUCCCAUUCCAUGGAGACAUAAAAAUCUCAUUUUCACUUCGCUUGUUCGCAAUCAACUAGCGUGAGUAUGUGUUUUGGAGCUUUCGAAUUUGAUGGUGUGUUUAUUAGAUAAAUAGAGAUGAUGGGAUAUUUAUGUGUGAUACCUGAGACGCUGGUGAAGCGGUCUCGAUACGAGGUACCCUGGAACGAUAUUUGAGACACGAAAAAUAAGCACUUAGGUCGUGGAACCCAAAGAUACCUAUACUGUUGAAUCUAACGGUUCAUAGGCGGCACAGUAAUAGUAGGGGGAGAUAAGCCUAAUUAGAAUUAGCUCAAGCCUUAUAAG